CCGUAGGCCAUGAUAAAAGUGCUAAGUUCAAUAUACUUGCCUCAUCCUAUGGAUAUGUACAAAGAUGAUAGCUCACCAUACUGUUAUUUCCAUCCGAAGGAAGAGUAUGUUGGAGUUUGUCCUCUCUGUUUGAACGAGAGGCUUCUUGUUUUAGCUUCAAAACAGAGAUCAUCAAGAACCAAACACUCUUCCUCUUCACCAAUCAUCAGCCUCCCUAAGAUCUUCGCCUUGAGCUCUCUCCUCAGUCGCCUCGAUCUCCGUCACCGGAAAUUCCAUCCCUCCUCCGAUCUUGACGUCUCCACAAGCCAAGAAGAUUCGUUUAUAUCGAUAAAAUUCGAAAACGAUGGAAACGCGUCGUGGGAGAAGAAAGCAGUAGUGACAAAGGUUUGUGUAGACAACAACAAGAACAACACAACAAACUCAACAUGCAAGAAGCAGCAAUCUCCUAUAACGAGCAAUACCAGUAUCGUAGAGCACAAUAGUGCCAAGUCAUCGCUUAGGUGGGGCAAACGUAUUGGUCAUCUCUUCCACGUCAUCAAACUCAGAUCAAGAUCAUCCACGUCGUCUUGCCACGUGGCACCAUCCAAGGUCGAAGGAGCCAAAGUGAGGAAACAGGGUUGGAUGGUGAGGACCUUAACCAGAAGAAAAUCCAGGAAAACUAUGGAUUCCAAAGAUGAGCUUGUGAAACAACAUGCCAAAGUUGCAGAAGAUGCUGUUGCUGGGUGGGAGAAAGCUGAGAAGGAAGUGGUUGAGCUGAAGCAAAAGCUUGAGGAUGCGGCUGAUAAGAACAUUGUGUUGGAAGAUAGAGUAAGUCAUCUUGAUGGGGCACUUAAGGAGUGUGUUAGACAACUAAGGCAGUUUAGAGAUGAACAAGAGAAGAAAAUUCAAGAAGCCGUGACUGAGAGUACCAAGGAGUUGCAAUCUGCUAACACUGGUCUAGAGAGGCGAGUUCUUGAGCUCCAGAAGGAAGCAGAAGCUGCUAAAUCCGAAAACAUGAUCAUAAGACGCGAGUUUCUUGCAAAGCGAGACGAGCUUGAGAUUGUGAUGAUUGAGAGGGAUUUGAGCACUCAAGCAGCUGAAACUGCUAGUAAACAGCAUUUAGAUAGCAUAAAGAAGGUGGCGAAACUCGAAGCUGAAUGCAGGAAGCUUAGGAUUUUGGCUAAAUCAUCAUCAUCUAAUCAAUCCUUAGAUAGUCAUUCAGAUGGAGGAAGGGAGAGAGUUGAGGGAAGUUGCUCUGAUUCAUGGGCAUCAUCAGCAUUUAUUUCUGAGUUAGAUCAAUUCAAGAAUGAAAAAUGCGGCGAUAGAAGUCUUCAAGGAACUACUUCAUCCACUGAAAUUGAUCUCAUGGAUGAUUUCCUUGAGAUGGAACGUCUUGUGGCUCUGCCUGCUGAGAGACAGGCUCAAAAUUCCAAGACUGAAUAUGAAUUAAGUUUAAUGGAGAAGUUGGAGAAGAUACAAGCAGAAAAGGAUGAGCUUGAAAGCGAAGUUAAAUGUUGUAGAGAAGCGGAAAAGAGAUUGAACUUGGAGCUUGAAGCUGUUGUUUGCGAUAAAAUCGAGUUGGAAGAUAUGUUAAAGAUUAUGGAAGCUGAGAAAGCUGAAGUAAAGAUAUCACUUCAAGAAUCUAGAGUUUGUUUUCAAGACGUUGAGAUGAAGUUGGAGAAGCUACAAGCAGAAAAGGAUGAGCUUGAAAAUGAAGUUAAAAGAUGUAGAGAAGCAGAGAAGAGAUUGAGCUUAGAGCUCGAAGCUGCUAUUUGUGAUGAAAUGGAGUUUGAAGAUAUGUUCAAGAAGACGGAAGCUGAGAAAGCUGAACUAGAGAUAUCGUUUGACGCCAUCAAACAUAAAUAUCAAGAAUCUAGAGAUUGUUUUCAAGAAAUUGAGAUGAAGUUGAAAAAGCUACAAGCAGAAAAAGAUGACUUUGAAAUUGAAGUUAAAUGUUGUAGAGAAUCGGAAAAGAGAUUGAGCUUAGAGCUUGAAGCUAUUGUCGGUGACAAAACAGAGUUGGAAGAGAAGUUGGAGAAGAUGGAAGCUGAGAAAGCUGAGCUAAAGAUAUCUUUUGACGUAAUCAAAGAUCAAUAUCAAGAAUCUAGAGUUUGUUUUCAAGAAGUUGAGAUGAAGUUGAAAGAGAUCAAAAGGGAGUUUAAACUAGCUAAUGAAUCGAAAACACAAGCCAAAUCUCAAAUCAUCAGAAUGGAAGCAGAGGUGAGAAAGGAGAGGAUUGUUUCUGAUGAGCUAAGGGAAAAGUGUGAGGCUUUUGAAGAAGAGAUUAGAAGAGAGAUAGAAGAGAAGACAAUGAUGAAGAGAGAAAAAGUAGAACCAAAGAUCAAACAGGAAGACAUAGCAACAGCUGCAGGAAAAUUUGCAGAUUGUCAGAAAACAAUAGCAUCACUAGGGAAACAGCUGAAAUCCCUUGCAACACUUGAAGAUUUCUUGAUGGAUACAGCGAGCAUUCCAGGUUCUGCAAGGUCAGUUCACAAGAAGGAAGUUUUUUUAGGAAAAGAUCCUCAUGAGUGCAUUAAAACAACCAAUGGAAGAUCACUUGAGUUUCUUGCAAUCAAGAACAGCAACAACAACAAUACCUCACCUCCUUGUUCAUCUUCUUCUGAUUCAACAACAGUGUCAUUAAUUAUGACAUCAAACCGAGGGAGUUCUGAGAAGAAUCGCAAUGGAUUUGCCACAGUUUUCACUCGAAGUAGGAACUCAAUACAUUAGCGGAUUUAGGAGAAGCUAUAGGUUCUUGCAGUAGCUAGAGUCAUCUAUUGUUAAGCCGGAUUGUUUACCAUAAUUUUCAGAUUCUGACUUGUUAGUAGCAAGAAAAUCACCCUUGUUUCUUCUGCUACAUAGUGUAAUCUUCUUUAACGUUUAUGUCUUCUGAGAUUCAUCUUUGUUGUUUCGUUUUCACCAAUUUGCUGGUCUCAUAUGAUGUAAUAUGGUUACUUAAUUGCGAGACAAGUAAAAUAUUGUUUUUUUU